AUGAAAAACGCAUUUAAAUUUCUCUUUGUGUUUCUAUGUAUCAUUAUCACCGAAACUGCAAUAACUAAUAAAUCAAAAAAUGUUCUGAUACUCCUAGCGGAUGAUGGAGGAUUUGAACUUGGAGCAUAUGGAAACAAAAUCUGCCAAACCCCAAACAUAGAUGCUCUUGCACGCCAAAGUGUCCUAUUCGACAAUGCCUUCACAUCUGUGAGCAGCUGCUCUCCUAGUCGUGCAGCACUUCUAACGGGUCAGCCGAGCCACCAGAAUGGCAUGUACGGUUUGCAUCAUGGAGUGCAUCACUUCAACUCAUUUGAAAAUGUUACAAGCUUGCCCAAUCUGCUCCGCGAGCAUGGAAUAUUUACUGGUAUUAUUGGCAAAAAGCAUGUGGGUCCAAGCAGCGUUUACAAGUUUGAUUAUGAGCAGACAGAAGAAAACAAUCAUAUCAAUCAAGUGGGGAGAAAUAUUACUCAUAUAAAGAUGUUAUCAAAAGAAUUCCUUCAUCGGGCAAAUGAGAUGAACAAGCCAUUUCUUCUGUAUGUGGCGUUCCACGACCCGCAUCGCUGCAGCCACAGUGAGAUCGAGUAUGGCGCGUUCUGUGAGCGCUGGGGGUCGGGCGAGAUCGGUGCCGGUCUCAUCCCUGACUGGAAACCCUGGUACUACCAGUGGGACGAAGUGGCUCUGCCUUAUCACGUACAGGACACAGAAGCGGCCAGAAGAGAUAUUGCAGCGCAAUACACCACCAUGUCUAGGCUCGAUCAAGGCGUCGCCUUGGUGCUCAAGGAGUUGGAGGCUUCGGGCCACAAGGAGGACACUCUGGUGCUGUACUCGUCCGACAACGGCAUUCCGUUCCCCUCGGGCCGCACCAAUCUGUACGACUCGGGAUUACGGGAACCACUGCUCAUCUCUUCACCGGAGCCGAGCGCCAGAAGGAACGAGGUCUCUCACGCUAUGGUCAGCUCGUUGGACGUCUUUCCCACCGUGCUGGACUGGUUCGGCAUCCCGGCCGAAGAGCCGUCUAGCAACGACAUCUGGUCCGCCGACGCACCGAAGUCUCUGCUGCGGAUUUUGGAAAAGGAGCCCGCCGGCCACGACGACGAGGCGGCCUUCGCGUCGCAGACGCACCACGAGAUCACCAUGUACUACCCGAUGCGGGCGGUACGCACGCGCUCGCACAAGUUGAUCCACAACCUCAACUUCGCGAUGCCGUUCCCCAUCGAUCAGGACCUGUACGCGUCGGCGACCUUCCAAGAUAUCUUGAACCGUACCCGCGCCCGUCAGCCGCUGCCUUGGUACAAGACGCUGAAGCGCCACUACUACCGGCCGCAGUGGGAGCUGUACGACGUGCGCGCCGACCCCGCCGAGCUGCGUAACCUGCACGGCAAGCCGAAGCUGACCGCCCUCGAAGCCACGCUGCGGGAGCGACUUCGCGCCUGGCAGAGGCGCACGGGCGACCCUUGGCUGUGCGCGCCCGACGCCGUGCUCGUGCGCACGCCCGCCUCGCCCGACGACGUCUGCUCCGCCCUCGACAACGGGCUCGCCGCCUACUUGCACUGA